GCUUUGAAGGCAAGUUGACAACUCGCACUUUGCCCUCGCCCGUCUCCUUCGACCACAAGUCUGCCUUCAACGUUCGUGAAAUCCAGUUAAAUUAGAUGUUAGCUUAGUGAGAGGAAAAGCGCACGAGAAUCGUCCAAUUAGACAGGAAAGAACGCGAAAAGAACAGAAUUAUAUCCAUCGAAAAUGGCUGCGACUACCAGAGUGUGGACCAGACUAGGUUUGUCAUUGGGACAGGGCAUCAGGCUGAGCAGCAGCUACAAUGCCACCAGGCCCAACUUGAUGCUCACCUCUAAUACCAAAGUAAUUUGCCAAGGUUUCACUGGCAAACAGGGCACCUUCCAUAGCAAGCAGGCCAUUGAGUAUGGAACCAAUGUGGUUGGAGGUGUUUCUCCAGGCAAAGGAGGCAAGACCCACCUCGACCUUCCAGUAUUCAAUAGUGUUAAGGAGGCACGCGAUGCCACCGGCUGCGAAGCUACUGUUAUUUACGUGCCACCACCUGGUGCAGCAUCGGCCAUCAUGGAGGCGAUCGACGCUGAAGUACCUCUUAUUGUGUGUAUCACUGAGGGAAUUCCCCAGCAGGAUAUGGUUAGGGUCAAGCACAAGCUCAUGAGGCAAAAUAAAUCUCGCCUGUUGGGACCGAACUGUCCUGGCAUCAUCGCCCCCGAGCAAUGCAAGAUUGGCAUCAUGCCCGGUCAUAUUCACCAAAAGGGAAUCGUCGGUGUCGUCUCCCGUUCUGGCACUUUGACUUACGAGGCCGUCCACCAAACGACCCAGGUUGGACUUGGUCAGACCCUUUGCGUGGGUAUCGGCGGAGAUCCCUUCAACGGAACCAACUUCAUUGAUUGCCUCGAGGUGUUCAUCAAUGACCCAGAGACCAAGGGAAUUAUUCUCAUCGGCGAGAUCGGUGGUGAUGCCGAAGAGAAGGCCGCCGAAUAUUUGUUGAACCACAAUACCGGCCCCAACGCUAAGCCAGUGGUAUCUUUCAUUGCUGGACUUUCUGCCCCACCCGGCCGCAGGAUGGGACACGCUGGUGCUAUCAUUUCCGGAGGCAAGGGAGGUGCCCAAGAUAAAAUCAACGCUCUAGAAAAGGCCGGAGCGAUAGUGACAAAAUCGCCAGCUCAGAUGGGCAACGAGUUGCUGAAAGAGAUGCGCCGUCUUAACUUAGCAUAAUUCCUAUAUUGUGAGAAUACUUCGUCAGCUGGAUGGGAUAAGAUCCGGCUAUAUUCAUGAAUUUAAUUUAAUGUCAUCUGUACUAUUUAAACAAAAAAACGUUAUCUAAACAUUAAGCUAUUGAAGGAGAGGGGCAUUUUAUUGUCGAUGUAACAUCCAUGCACUCUUGGUGUGCUUAUAGUCAUACUGUCCGCUUUUUAAUUAUGUGUUAAACACUGUUUGUUAGAAUAAAGUGUUGAAAUAUCUACACAUUCAUUAUA